GGAGGCGCCGCCACCGAGCCGCAAGGCCAGUCGCAGGAUUACCUGAGCCCGGUCUGCCGUUCGCAUGCCGUUCCCUCCGCUUGAUUCAGCUGCUCCAACAAACCGAGAGAGCGUCACUUGCGAUGGCAUCUCAGUGAUUUAGUGACACCUUUCACGUCUCGUCUCUUCGGUGCUCUCCUCCUGCUAUGUGUCCGUGUGGCUGCGUCCCGUACUUUCGGCGUCCGUUCGUAAGGUAUUGACGUGUUGAGCGGGUUCGUAUCUGGCCGGCGAGAGGUCCAACCGGAGGUCCAACCGAAGGUCCACACACUGCACAGGACGUCUAGUUCGUUGUAGAGACUCUCUUCUGUUCUCAUAUAUACGGAUUUUCUACACGUCUUCAAGAUGGGAUGUUUUGGAAGCAAAGAUAAACUGUCGAAAGAAGAUAUGGACUUCUUGAAAUCACACACAAGAUAUGACGAAAGCACAAUAAAAGAAUGGUACAAAGGAUUCAAGCAAGACUGCCCUAAUGGUCGUUUAACACCAGCAAAAUUCGUAGAUAUGUACAAGAUGUUCUUUCCUUCAGGAAAUGCCGAAGAAUUCUGUGAUCACGUUUUUAGAACAUUCGAUAUGGACAAAAAUGGCUACAUUGACUUUAAGGAAUUCCUGUUGGCGAUCGAUGUAACGUCGAGCGGUACACCGGAAGAGAAGCUGAAAUGGGCUUUUCGAAUGUACGAUGUUGAUGGAAAUGGAGUCAUAGAUAUUCAGGAGAUGACGAAAAUUGUACAGGCAAUUUACGACAUGUUGGGCGCUUGCUCCUCCAACAGACCUGCAGACUCCGCGGAAGAGAGGGCGAAGAACAUCUUCGCGAAGAUGGACGAGAACAACGAUGGUCAAUUGACGCAGGAGGAAUUCUUGAAAGGCUGUUUACAGGACGAAGAGUUGUCCAAAAUGUUAGCGCCUUAAUAAGUU